AUGUUACGACAUGGAGCCCUACAGGUCGAAUACGCCAUGGAAGCAGUGAAGCAAGGCUCUGCUGCAAUUGGUCUCAGAUCUCGCAACCAUGUCGUACUCGCUUGUGUUAACAAAGCCCAAUCAGAGGUCUCUUCACAUCAGAGGAAAAUCUUCAAAGUCGAUGACCAUAUAGGCGUUGCAAUCGCCGGUCUCACCGUCGAUGGUCGUGUUCUCUCUCGUUAUAUGAGAUCGGAGUUAAUCAAUCACUCUUUCACCUACGAGUCUCCUCUUCCCGUUGGCCGGCAUGUUGUUCAUCUCGCCAAUCAAGCCCAGAAUUGUACUGAGGAUAAUGAUUCCAAUAAGAAAGUGAACUUCUCUGAGGAAGAAGAGGACCCGGAAAAAGAGAAGAAAGUUGUGUCUUCUAAGAAGAGGUGUGGAGUUGUUUAA